CGGCUCUCCAUUUGGCCGCAGAGGCCGGCAAUGAGAUGAUUGUCCGCAAUCUAUUGCUCGCCGACGCGCCCAUCGCUGACGUGACGUCCGCUAAACAAACCGCUCUUCAUUUGGCGGCCGAACACGACUUCAGCGCCAUUUGUUCCAUACUUCUGGAGAAUGGUGUCGAUUACGACGCGGUCGACAUCAACGGUAACAACGCGUUGCACAUCGCGUGCCAAAAGGGACAGUUGGCCACCUGUAAGGUACUGUUGGCCGAGUCCCGUAUCAGCGCUGAUACGCUCAACCUUAAGGGCCAGAAUCCGGUCCACCUGUUGGCCACGUUUGGUCGCGAGAACGCGGCCGCCAUUUUCGAGAUCUUCAUCGAGUCUAUGCCCGAGUAUCCCAUCAAUAAAGUCGACGGCACCGGCAAUACGCCACUGCUUUUGGCGUAUAUGAAUGGCAACGGAAACCUGUGCCGAGCGCUCAUCAAAUCGGGCGCAGUGUUGGGCACCUGUAAUAACGACGGCGUAAACAUAUUCAACCAUUCGGUGGCCACAAAGAAUCUG